AUGACGGUUUUCUCUGGAGUAAAUAAAAUAGAGUUUGAAGGUACUUUCGAAGGUAUUGGAAAGGAUGUUGUUAUGUCACAAAUGAUAAGGGCCUUGCAGAAACAUUUUCCUUCGAUACGUGACAAGAAUUAUGAGUUUAGCCUAUUUUUGCACAUUUUUCAAAGAUAUGUCUUAGAAAAUACUUCAAUCACCCAUGAUCUAGUUUGUGACAAAAUUAGAUUACCGAUAAUUGAUGAAGUGGUUGAACUCGAUGAUAUUAAAAAUUACGGUUUGUUAGAGGGUAAACUAUUAUCAAAGUUAGCUAUUUUAAAAUUAACCGGAAAGGCUAAUCCAAUCAUUGGUAAAGAAAGCCCUUUAUUCGAAGUAAAAAAUGGGAUGUCUUCAUUGGAUGUAAUAGUUCGACAAACGCAAAAUUUGAAUGUACGAUAUAAUUCAGACGUUCCUCUUAUAUUUAUGACCUCGCUUGAAACUGAAUCUCAAGUAUCAAACUUCCUUGAAGAGCAUUAUUCUUCUAGCAAAGUGAGAUGGAAAACCGUAGUUCAGUCAAGCUUUCCACAAAUUGAUAAAGAUAGAUUAUUACCUAUCGAUUUACAAAUAAAUUCUCAUGAAAAUGAUUUUUGGUAUCCUUGCGGGACUGGUAACCUAACUGACACUUUGUAUUUUUCAGGAGAAUUGGACAAAUUAAUUGCUCAAGGAAAAGAGAUUUUAUUUGUUUCAAAUGUUGACAAUUUGGGCGCUACAGGAGAUUUGAACAUUUUAAAUUUCAUCAUAAAUGAAAAAAUCGAGUAUCUUGUUGAAGUAGUUGAAAGGACUGCAAAUGUUUCAAACACUGGAGUGUUGGCAACAUAUAAAGGUAAACUACGAUCGGUUUAUUACAACUGCUUAUCCAAUGAAAGUGCAAGCACGUGUCGAAUUGUCAACACUAAUAACAUUUGGAUUGAUUUGAAAAAGCUAAAGGUGCUAAUAGAGUCUAAUAGUUUAAAUUUGCCAAUUCAUUCUAGUGAAAGUAAAAUAACACACAAAAAUGAAGAGAUAGAGUGUCUUCAAUUUAAGACACAGUUGGUCGAUUGUAUUGCCUUCUUUCCGAACAGUCGAGUAUUGAAAGUAUCAAGAGACAGAUUUUUACCCCUAAGAACAUGUAAGGACUUGUUUUUGUUGAAAUCAACAUUAUAUGAUCUCGAUUCAAAUGGAACAUUUAACCUCUACCCUCUGAAAUUUGGAUUAUUACCUUCAAUCGACUUGGGCGAUGAGUUUGCAACUUAUGAGACUUUUAAGAUAGGAGUACCAGAUAUUCCUAAUAUUCUGGAAUUAGAGCAUUUAACUGUGAUGGGAAAUGUGUUUUUUGGUCGUAAUAUAACUCUGAAAGGGACGGUCAUUAUAAUAUGUGAUGAAAAUGAUGUAAUUACUGUUCCCGAUGGCUCUAUUUUGGAAAAUGUAACGAUUUGGCAUAAAUCUCAGCUGGAGGAUAUGAAUGGAUAUUAA